CUGCAGAGGAGGAGCCGAGGACAGCCCGAAGCAACCAACGCCCGCGCCGCCUCCCGCAGGACCGGAAAACUCCCGAGCACCGGCCGAUGAAUGGGACCCGGAGCCCAGGACGCCCCGCCGGAGGGGGCGCGGCGCUGGGCAUCACGUGCCCGGGCUCCCUGCGGGCGCGUGGAAGGGACUCUGGGCACGAUUGGGUCCUCGUCACCAGCCCCAAGUUGGGCCGGCGCGCGGGGCCGGCGGAGCCGGACUACGAGUCUGAGAUCUACGAGGCGGCUGCCGGCGACGCGGUGGCGGUGGCUCCGGCUCCCGCUGCCGUGGAGCCCAGCGAGUUAGAUUUCGGAGCCGGCGAGGGUCACCACCUGCAGCACAUCAGCGACCGGGAGAUGCCCGAAGAUCUAGCUUUGGAAUCCAACCCUUCUGACCAUCCAAGGGCAAGCACAAUUUUCCUGAGCAAAUCUCAAACAGACGUGCGAGAAAAGAGGAAGAGCAACCAUUUAAACCAUGUAUCUCCAGGGCAGCUUACUAAAAAGUAUAGCUCAUGCUCAACAAUAUUUCUAGAUGACAGCACAGUCAGCCAGCCUAAUCUUAGAACCACAAUAAAAUGUGUGACCUUAGCAAUAUAUUACCACAUAAAGAACAGAGAUGCAAAUAGAUCCCUGGAUAUAUUUGAUGAGAGAUCACAUCCACUCACACGAGAAAAGGUUCCAGAGGAAUACUUCAAGCAUGAUCCUGAACACAAGUUUAUUUAUAGAUUUGUGCGGACCCUUUUCAGUGCUGCACAGCUUACAGCUGAAUGUGCAAUAGUCACUUUGGUUUACUUAGAAAGACUUUUAACUUACGCUGAGAUUGACAUUUGUCCCACAAACUGGAAGCGAAUUGUCCUGGGAGCCAUCCUUCUUGCCUCCAAGGUUUGGGACGAUCAGGCUGUGUGGAAUGUGGACUACUGCCAGAUCCUCAAGGACAUUACAGUUGAGGACAUGAAUGAGAUGGAACGGCAUUUUUUGGAGCUGCUUCAGUUUAAUAUUAAUGUUCCUGCCAGUGUUUAUGCCAAAUACUACUUUGACCUUCGCUCCUUAGCAGAUGACAACAACCUGAAUUUUCUGUUUGCUCCUCUCAGCAAAGAAAGAGCACAGAAUUUAGAGGCCAUUUCCAGAUUGUGUGAAGACAAAUACAAAGACUUGUGUAGAGCUGCGAUGAGACGAUCUUUCAGCGCAGAUAAUUUCGUCGGUGUUCAGCGCUCUAAUGCCAUCCUCUCUUAAGGAGAAUAAGGAGGAGUUCUAACAUCCUGACCCCUCAUCUGCAAGGACUGGAGAAUCAUCACCUCUCCCACUCAGAAACCAGCAAACUUAGUACUUUCAUCGAAAAGAAAGACAUGGAAUUCAAGAGACUCGUGGACAAUAAGGAUUACACUCCAUAGGAAAGAAUGGGACCUUGUUAAUUGCAACAACA